CUUCAGAUGAAUCAGGACUUUUAGAUCAUUUUGGAUUUGAUCUGGAUCAGUUAGACUUUGCAUUAGAUGAACACAGAUAUCUGAUCACAAUGCCGGCUGUUACAGAGACCGUGGAGCAAAACGUCCAGACGGAUGACUGGACAGAAGAGAAAGGUGUUGUGACUGAUGAAGACUGGCAGCACAUCAUGCGUUCGGUGAAGGAGCAGAGCGUCGAGUUGGCGGCGGAGUGCGAGUCUCUGGAGAAACAGCAGGCUGCCGACGAGGCCGAGCACAAGGCCUGCAUCGAAAAUUUGGAGAAGAUGAGAGACGAGGAGAAACAGCAGCAUAAGGAUUUAAUAAAUAAGAUCGAGCUGGUUCGAGAGAAGCUGGAGCUGAACAACAAUAAAUCCAUGAGAAAAAACUUCACCACCAAGAUUGAGGAGCUCACCACAGAGAAAGAACGACACCGGAAGGCCAAUAAUAAGUUAGCUCAAGAGCUGGAGGAAGCUGAAAGGAAGCUGAUGAAGCUCACCGAGGAGCAACAAAAUGAAAAGCUUUCUUGGGAGAAGGAGAUAGAUGAUUUGCAGCAUGAGAAGGACAGAGUGUCCAGACUAGCCGAAGAAGCCAAUCAGGCGGCUCUGAAGGACGAGAUUGCUCUUGUGGAGUCUCAGAGAGAGCUGGCUAUGUCUGAGAUAGACGACUGGAUCUCAGAUGCUGAAAAAUAUCUCAGUUCUCUCAGGUUGGACCCUUCUCAAAACCAUCGGCAUCGAAUUGAAUGGGAGAAAAAUGUGGCGCUGGUCCGUACCAGCGUACCCAAGCUACAGGUGACCUAUAGUGAAGAUAUUAAGACCCUGCAGAAGGGUCAGCAGCUGGGCAGUUUACCUAAAGUUGACCUUCCUCUUCUUCCCCCUGUCCCUGUGAUUCCUCUCACGAGUUUCCCGCCGCAGCUCAACCCUCUGAUUCGCCCCCCGGUGGUGCUGCCACCUCAGUUCCUCCUGCCCCACAGGAUCACCCCCCCUCCCCAUCCUGUCAUAUUGUCACAAAACCCUCCACCCUUCCUGUCGUACCCACCCGAGCACAACAUGCACAGACCCAGGCCGGCCGUACCCGCCACCACCCGUCCUCCCCCGAUGCCGUACGCCCACUCCACACUCCCUUAUCCUACUCCUGCAGCCCCGGCGCCAAACCCGGGACCCGUGACCCCUCCGCCGUCCAACCCACAACCUGCUGGAAAGCUGGACAAACUACUGGAGAAACUGGGUGCGCAGUUCCCACAAUGCACCAGACCGCAGCUGAUGCAAGUUUUGCAGCAGAUCAAGAGCGAGCGCGGCACGAUGGCCGGCAUGUCGAUAGACGACAUCAAACAACAAAUGGAACAGAAACUGGCACAGAACGAACGCCCGGCCCUUGGCCCCAUAGCUCCCCCUGCUGGCUCCAGGCACUUUUCCGCUGCACCCCAGAGAGGUCCGGUCCAGUCCCCUCCCGUCCAGGCUCCCGCUCCUCACGUCUUCCCGUCCCGAGCCUCACAGCCGACUCCACCGGUGCGAAAGCUGUGUCUGAUGUGUCAGAACCUGGUCGAACCUGGAACCCAGUACAACACCAACUGCCCACACACUCUUCACAAAGAGUGCAUCAGCGUGUGGCUGCAGACCAGCAAGAACAACUCCUGCCCCUUCUGCUCCAGCAAGUAACCCCACGUCUGUGCAGACGUGAGUGUGUGGAUACCUGGAUACCCAAUCCUGCUAUGUAUUUACCUUCAAUUUAGUCGUAUCCAAUUCCCAGCAGGGUUGUGACUAACACGCGUAUGCAGUACCAACCACUUCUUUGCACCUGCUCCAGGCAGGUUCAUUGUUCAUAUGGAGAUCUGUAUCACGUACAGAGAGUCGCACACGGAUCUCCGUUAUCCCCCGUCUCACUGUGCAGCGCCAUCGAUCAGCCAGCAGAGGUCAGAACUGUAGCAGUUAUGGUCGGCUGAGGUUCCUGUCUGUAAUUUUACUCAUGCUGUGACUGUUCUACAACUUUUAUAUCAUUAUUAUUUUGUAAUGUAUAAAAUAUUUGAUUAAAGUUGUUAUUGUGACAAAAAAUAUUCUUUUUUUCAUUAAAUUUUGAGAUUAACGUAGCCAAUAUAAGGAAAGUUCUUUAGCAUCAUGUAGAUUAUAUAUUAGUGUAUGGCCAAAAGUAUUUGGACACCUGACCGUGACCUUGCUGGACGUCCCAUUUCAAAAACUAAUGCUAUUAAGACAGAGUGACCACUGUGUAAUCUUUUCAGCUAGAACAACAGCCGCUCCUCACAAGACUUUGAAGUACGUCUGUGGGAAUUUGUGCCUAUUUGGUCAUUGUUUGGUUGAGCACUGAUGUUGCUUAAGAAAGCCUCAGUCGAUGUUCCGGUUCCUUCCAGAGAAGGACACUGGAGUUUUUAAACUGAGCUGUUGUUUUUGUCUUUAUAGAGCUUGCUUUGUAUCCCGGAACUGGAAAGGGCCUUCCCCAAAUUGUUUAUUACACCUGUUAGCGAUUAUUGUGGCUGAAACAUUAAUUUAACAAUUAGAAAAGGCGUCCCAAUAGGCACCUGAGUGUCUAAAUAAAUAAAUAAACAAAUGAAGCCCUUCAUGAACACGACAUUAAAGAGACACUUUAAUUUU